AUGGAUGAGAAAUCCGAAGACCAAAACGAGGCCUCCCAGGUUGUCGGCAUCGAAGACCAAAUCGUGGCCUCCCAGGUUGUCGGCGUCGAAGACCAAAACGAAGACGAAGAAGAAACUGAGGCCACACCAGGAGAAGAAGACGAUGACGAUGUUGCCUCCCAAGCCAAUAGGGAAGCAAGGGUUACGGUUAUAGCCAAAUGUGAAGUAGCCUCUAUGAACGAUGGGUGCCAAUGGGGAAUAUGCGGGGUGACAUCUCCUACUAUAGAAUAUCCUUGUGGACUAUACAUCUAUGGUUGCACCGUGGAUCCAGAUUGCCCAGUUUGGAAACUGGUACAAUAA